UGGCACAGAAGAUUGUUGCAACCAGAAAAAAACAGCAACUUUCAAUAGGUCCUUGCAAAUCAUUACCAAACUCUCCAAGCCACUCAUCAGUAUGUUCAACCCAGGUCUCUGCAGUACAUAUUAGCCAGACCAGUAAUGGAGGAGGGAGUUUAAGUGAUUAUUCUUCCUCUGUCCCAUCUACUCCAAGCACCAGUCAGAAGGAACUACGAAUUGAUGUUCCACCUACUACUAAUACUCCAACACCUGUUCGUAAACAGUCCAAGCGCCGGUCCAACCUUUUCACAUCUCGGAAAGGGAGUGACCCAGACAAAGAGAAGAAAGGAUUGGAGAGCAGAGCAGAUAGUAUUGGAAGCGGUCGUGCAAUCCCAAUUAAACAGGGAAUGCUGUUAAAGCGAAGUGGUAAAUCAUUAAAUAAAGAGUGGAAGAAGAAAUAUGUUACUCUUGGGGAUGAUGGUGUACUGACCUAUCAUCCAAGCUUACAUGUAAGUAUGCAUGCAUUGAUGUUUAUCUAA